GAUUUAUAAUUUAUUAAAUACCUGUCCCGGCUGUGUCCACCUUGAUUAACUUGCCACUUGGUAAGGGUAUUUUAUCACACCCCUUGUCAUGACAGUUUUGUCAAUAAUAUAACUACAAUAUUCUUAUCAAAAUAUGUCCAAUCACCUAUACUAUUAUCAUUAUGAAUUAUUGACUUAAGUUAUUUUUUAAGUUUGUUUUAAUUUAAUAAGAGUUUUUAAAUAACAAAACAUUAAAAUGAUUUUGUUUUUAAUUUAAAAUAAGUGGCUAAAUUUAGCAGUAGUCUGACAAUUUAAUAGACACAUACAACAUAGGUACCUAUUAGUAAUUAAUAGGUAUGACUGAUUCCAUGAAUAAAGAACUUGUAAAACGAGUGCAAUUAUCUCUAUCAAAGUAUAUAAAUAAGCCACAGCUAACAGAAAAACUACUAAAUAAACCACCAUUUAAGUUUCUUCAUGAUAUUGUUACAAAUGUUAUCCAGAGCACAGGUUAUUUAACAGAUGUUUUCACUGAUGAAGAAAUUAUAUCUACAAAUGUUACUACAAAAGAAACAAAGAUCAAAUUUUUAGAAAAGCUUAUAACUGCUAUACAAUCAACAACGAGUAAAACCAUAUCAGCAAGACCCUCUAAAAUUGUUGCAGGACUUGAAGUAACAAAGACCUUGGAGUUGCUCCUAGCAAUUGUUUUUGGAAUAGAAACAAAGAAUAAAGAAGUUAAGGAACAAAUUUCAACCAAUACAAAAACUAAAAAACCAGAAGCUACAAAAAUUUACAAUCAAAACAAGUCAAAACUGUUAGAAAAAACCAAAUCACUGGAAAAAAAAGUAAAAGAAAAUAUUGAUCAUGAUUUUCAAAAGAAAUUACAAAAAUCUGAUAGUGUGGAAUCGUCAGUGGUUAAAAACGAUGAACCUGUUAGUGUACAGAUGGAUACAAUAACAAAAUCUGAUGGAGAAUUCUGUGUUAAACCAGUUAAUGAAGAAAUAAAGAAUAUUGUGGAUAAUUCUGUUACAACUGAAGAACUUAAUGAAAACAAAUUACAAUCAGCAAUCAAAUCCAAACCAGAAACAAAAGAUUCUGAAUCAAUAGAAAAAACUAAUCCAGAAGAGAAUCCACUUCGGAAAUUAAGUGACACUCAUAAUAUUAGUAAACCAUUAAGGCCAAAAAGUUCAAGACCACCUGCACCUAAUCGUCGUCCUCAAUCAAAUACAUUUACAGAGAUACCUAAACAUUCUGACAGUUUUUUUUCAAAAAACGAUGACAAAAUAAAUGACAUUGAUGACAAUAUUGUUACAAUUGAAGUAUUAAAUGACAAUAAGUCAGCUUAUGAUUCUUAUACCCAAGAAGAUGGACAAGGUCAUCUUGUAUCACAAAUACUUCAGACACAAAUGGAAUUUAAUAUUAAAAAAAAGACAGAUUCUUCAAAAAUAGAACGGGAAGGAAAAAGUGCUAAGGAUCAAGAGAUGUUAACAAAAGAAAUGGAAACAAUACGGCAAUUUAUUCAAGGCAUCACAAAGUCUGCAAAUCCAUUGAGUAAACUUAUCAACAAUAUGCAAGAAAAUAUCGAUCAAAUGAAUCGAGAGUUGAACUACUGGAAAAAUUUUACUUAAAAAACUAAUGAAAAGCUUGAUUUACAACAGCAGGUAGUUGAAGAAAAAAUGAAGCCAAUGGUUAUGUUAUUGGAAAAACUGACAACUGAAGUUAAAGACGAAUUGGAAAUGAUGGAUUAUUGCAAAGCAAACAUUAUGAAAAACAAAUCUCAUAUUAACUACUUAGUCUCAGAAAGGUUUAUGUUAAAAAAUUAACCUAACCUUAGAAACUAGGAAAUAUUAAAUUUAUGUUUUUUAUUGUUAUUUAUUAUUUAGCUAAAAAUGUACUGCUUAGUAAAUCACUGAAAUAUUUUUAUCUCACAUUAAAAAUACAAGAUUUCUAAGAAUUUUUAUGUAUCAAAUUAGAAGUUUUUUACAGACCUGUAUCGAGAUCUGAGUUUCAUACCUAUCCCUGGAAUUUUGCACAUGUGUGCUAUCCUCUUGAACGUUCAAUGAUACAUCAAUUUGUAUUUGUACACUUAGAUUUCUUUUUUACAAAUCUUAAUAUUUUUUUUUUUUUACAGUAACUCAUUAAAAAUAAUUUUUAUAAAACUAAAUUACAAUUUUAUUCUUGUCACUGUAAUUAGCCCAGAAGCUCCCAAGUCAGAUAUUUGCUUUGCAUAUAAUAUAUUAUAAUAUUUAUUAUUUUGUACUGGUGGUUUAGAUUUACCACACUGUUAAUGAAAGAAAUCUUUAUCUAAAUAAAUGUGCUUGGCAGAAUAGAAUACUCUGUACAAAUAUACAACAUAUAAAUAUUUA